AUGAGUAGGAACGGACAAGGAGACCAAGGACAACUGACAAAAACAAUAAUAGCCGUUGGAUUCAAUGACCAGAAACAUCAGGAAGAAGUAAGAGGCAGGGUUGAAAAGCAUUUUGAUGUAAGAGAAAGCUACAAAAUCCAAAACGACCAUAGAGUGCUUUGCAUACUCUUUUACGACGAGAGGAGGGCAAGAGAAGCGAUUUCUUUCCUCAAGGAAGAGGGUAUUUCAUCCUACCACAUAAUAAGCAAGUAUGAGAUUCCCAGGGAUAUGGACAAAUGCGAUGAAUCCCGAAACCAAAGCACACUGCUAUUUACUUUCAAGAACUUAGCGGGCUCUGUUGACGACAAAGAGUUUGGAGAGCAGGUUGGGCGAUUUGGAGAAGUGAAGGACAUUCGAUACGUUAAGACACAUCAAAGAUGUGUGGAGUUCUAUGACUCAAGAAGUGCAGUUGCAGCUUUCCAUGGAAUGAACGAGCUGAAGUUUAUGGAUGGAAUGAUGCAGGCAAAGUGGGUGUGGGAUCUCUCCACAAAGACGAGAUGGGAGCUUAUAAGGUUAACAGACAGUAUUUUGAAGGAAUGUAAGUUGGAGAUAAAGACGCCUACAAAGAGAGAGAGUGAGGAGAGCAAGGAAGAAAUAAAGAGAAAGAAAAAAGUACAGGACAGCGACACGGCACACCCUAGAAAUAUAUUCUUGAAAAGGUUUGAUUCCUUCAUUGCUUUGAAUAUUGACCAUAUAACCGAGGGAUAUGUCAAUGACUGA